GCGGGUGGCGGGUGCGCCCGGAGCCCGGCGAGGUGGCCGCGAGCACCAUGGCCGAGAGGCAACAGUCUCUAGGUGGCCCCGUGUGCCCGGCCGCCUACCCCGACGCCCCCGCGGAGUUCCCCCCGCACCUCCAGGCCGGGGCGAUGCGGCGCCGCUUUUGGGGCGUGUUCAACUGUAUGUGCGCCGGCGCCUUCGGGGCCCUGGCCGCCGCCUCCGCCAAGCUGGCCUUCGGCAGCGAGGUGAAUAUGGUCUUCUGCGUCAUAGGCAUCGUCGUGAUGGCCACUGCCAAUUCUCUCAUGUGGACGUUCUUUAGCCGGGGCCUCAGUUUCUCCAUGUCUUCAGCCAUCGCUUCUGUCACGGUGACUUUUUCAAACAUCCUCAGCUCGGCCUUCCUGGGCUUUGUGCUGUACGGAGAGUGCCAGGAGGUCUUGUGGUGGGGAGGCGUGUUCCUCAUCCUGUGCGGACUCAGCCUGAUCCACAGGAAGCUGCCGCCGAGCGAGAAGGCCCCCUCACUCAAGCAGCAGUAACAUCGGGUGGCGGGACGGACCAGCCGCAGCGACAGUGUGGUGGCACGGGGAACGGGCUGGCGCAUGGGGGCAUAUGCUGUCUGAGCGCAGCCAGUGGAAGGCACCCUUGGGGGAGGCAGGCCCCUGACCCAGCAGCCGGGAGGGUGGCCAGCCGGAGCUUCUGGAAUGGAAAGGACAUCCACAGUUGUGUUCUGCCUGGAGCCUUCUCCACGCCCGCAUGGCACUUCUGAUUCUCACGCUCCUGGGCCCGCCCAGUGCCCCUUGGCGAUGCUGGAGACCCUGGGCUUGGUCUGCUCAGCAUCUGGCCUUGAGACCGCGCUGCAAUUGUAGUCCCGUCGCGUCGUAACAUCAGACUCCGUUCCUGGUGGAGCUUUCUGACGGCUCCACGCGGACGUAACAGGACAUCUGUGUCCUGCUUCUGCAGUGCAGCAAGGAAAGGAAAACUGGAUUAAUAAACACUUUUUGAUCAGUUAGAA